AUAAAUAUCCGUUGCCUAGAAUCGAUGAUCUAAUGGAUCAGUUACAGGGUGCCGGUGUGUUUUCUAAGAUUGACCUGCGAUCAGGGUAUCAUCAGAUAAGGGUUAGAGAUGAGGAUAUUCCGAAAACUGAUUUCAGGACACGUUAUGGUCAUUGAGUAUACAGUGAUGUCUUUUGGGUUAACUAAUGCUCCGGCAGUAUUUAUGGAUUAUAUGAAUAGGAUUUUUCGACCGUAUCUGGACAAGUUUGUUAUUGUCUUCAUUGAUGACAUUCUUGUUUAUUCUAAGACUGAAGAGGAGCAUGCUGAUCACUUGCGAACUGUGCUACAAAUUCUGAGAGAUAGGAAGUUAUAUGCUAAGUUAUCUAAAUGUGAGUUCUGGAAGAGUGAAGUGAAGUUUCUCGGCCACGUGGUGAGUAAGCAGGGGAUAGCUGUGGAUCCUGCUAAGGUAGAAGCAGUGAUGAAUUGGGAGCGACCAACUUCAGUGACAGAGAUCAGGAGUUUCCUAGGUUUGGCGGGGUAUUGUCGUAGAUUCAUUAAGGGAUUUUCACAGCUCGCCUUACCUUUAACUAAAUUGACUAGGAAGGAUACGCCUUUUAUCUGGACUCCGGAAUGUGAAGAGAGUUUCCAGGCAUUGAAGCACAGGUUGACUACUGCACCUGUAUUGGUAUUACCUUAACCAAGUGAACCGUUUGAAGUGUAUUGUGAUGCAUCACUAAAGGGUCUAGGGUGCGUUCUGAUACAG